GGCUGGGUUACUGUGUUGAGUGUGUUCUCAUUACGUUUGACUUCUUGAUGAUUGAAAAGCCAUGCAGCAAUCUAUUGUUAUUGACGAUGAUGACGGCCAAGAACCCGAAACCAGCGCUUCUUCUCCGAGUUCUCCGACUGCCCCGGAAUCUCCCCAAGCGCCGAAUAAUUCCUCCGCUGCGAAGGUUUCCGCAAAAGAAUACUAUGAGGCAUUCUUCGUUAACCCCGUAUGCAAGACUGAGUAUGCUAAAGGACAGGCGAGAAGCUGGAAAAAGUACUCCGCGACGUGUAAACUGUGUGCUGAAUCGGAUGCAAAGAGACUGGUGAAUGGAGGAGCGGAUAGUUUCGACGCGUUCAAAAAACAUGUCACGCGGCAUCAUUCAAAGACGAAGGACUACAUGGAGUUUAUUGCUAAGAAAGUCAAAGAUAACGAAAUCUCGCGAACAAAGCUAUCCAGAGAGCAGCCCACCAUGACCGAUUUCGUGAUACAGAAAGCAGAACUGUAUGGCAAGAACCAUUGA